GAAUAGCGUAUUUAGCCAUUGUUGUCUCCUACAUACUAAUGUUGUCAAAACUCUACAAAUUACCUGAGACUGUCGUAAAAACAGCUUUUGUUUUCGGCCAAAUACGGAGCUGAGGUUGUGAGGCCUGUACUGAUGUCACUGAUGUUGUUGGACCGCUGGCAAAGCAAGAAAUGAAGUCAUUGAUCAGUUCCCAGUCACAAAUGUGAGCAGAAAUGACAAGUUGUGAGGAAAGAGUGUGAGUAGAGGAGGCCGAGGACACAACAAGCGACUAACAACAAAGAAACGUCUUUUUCUAUUUCACUAAACAGGAGGUGUGAGUGCUGGAGCGACUUGUCUCUCACACACUGUAUCUAAUAGGCGUCCCCGUGUAGUGAAGUCCUGAGGAGAAAUCUCGCGAGAUGAGACGUGUAGUCCCGUGAGGAGACGUGAGUGUAGAGAGAGAAGAUGCGGGCGCCUUAGCAACAACCUCCCUCCGGACCUGUGCGACUCCCUGACAGCAGGGGGGCCGGUGGUACAAUCUUUGCAAUGAAGAAAGACUUUGCGAGUCUUAUAGCCCAGGAAAGAGCUGAGAUUAUUAGCAAGUAUGACAAGGGCCGGCAGCCUGGAGCUCAGAUAGACCCAUGGGAGGAUGCAAACUUUUCUCUUUAUAAAGUCACAGAUAGAUUUGGAUUCUUACAUGAACGUGAGUUGCCUUCACGUAAUGCCCAAGAGGAAAAGCAAAAACUACAGGAGAUUGAACGAGUGGAUAAAUGGCUUAAGAUGCUCAAAAAAUGGAACAAGUACAGGAACAGCGAAAAGAUGUACCGAAGAGUGUAUAAAGGUAUCCCACUACAAGUGAGAGGCCAGGUCUGGUCUCUGCUUUUGGACGUUGAGGAAACAAAAUUGAAGAACGAGGGCAAAUAUGAGAAAAUUAAAGAUCUGGCAAAGACUUAUUCGACAGAGAUUAAACAAAUUGAUUUGGAUAUAAACCGGACAUUUCGCAAUCACAUUAUGUUUCGAGAACGCUAUGGAGUCAAACAGAGGGCGCUGUUUGAUGUGCUGUCUGCCUAUUCUGUCUACAACACGGAAGUCAGUUACUGCCAGGGGAUGAGUCAGAUCGCAGCUGUACUGCUCAUGUAUCUCAAUGAGGAGGAGGCAUUUUGGGCUCUGGCACAGUUGCUAACCAACCAAAGGCAUGCAAUGCACGGCUUUUUUAUCCCUGGUUUCCCAAAGCUACAGAGAUUUCAGAGUCACCAUGAGCAGAUUCUCAGCAAAGUGUUUCCUAAACUGAAAAAACACAUGGACAAAGAAGACAUGUCUACUGGAAUUUAUACAACAAAAUGGUUUCUGCAAUGUUUCCUGGACCGGACACCAUUCACUCUUACCCUGAGGCUCUGGGAUAUCUACAUACUGGAGGGUGAACGAGUUCUUCCAGCCAUGGCUUACACCAUACUUAAACUACACAAAAAACGUUUGCUUAAGAUGCCUAUGGAGGACUUGCGGGAUUUUCUUCAGGAGACAAUAGCUCGGUCGCUAAGCUACGACGAUGAUAUUGUGGUUGAGCAAUUACAAACAUCAAUGGCAGAACUUCGCAAAAUGAAACUUGAACUUCCUCCUCCAGGAAAAGCUGAGGAAUUUCCCCAAAAGACUUUAGGUCAAGAUAUUCCUGUUGUUCUCCACCCAGUAAAGCCUUCUAAGGAGGCGAGUGGAGAGAAGGUAGUUGAAUGUGAGAACACCCCAGAGAUCUCCAAGCAACUUCCUAUGGAUAUUAAUGAUAUUAACUCAAACACUGGGGAUACAAUUAAAAACCUCUCUUCCAGCUCACAAUAUAAUGGAAAACCCACCACUGUAGUUCUGGGAGAAACAAGCACACAUAAAACUAAUUCUGAAACACAUCAGGAAGCCGAUCUUUGCAAAAAUGAUGUAAAGCAGCAAGAGUGUGUUUUUGCAGAAAUUCCUUUACCAGUUACUCAGGACAUUCUACAAAACCAUGACAUGAAAGAAGAUCAUGAAGUAAGCAAGGUCCAUGUUUCUCAACCACUUAAGAGGGAAGAUUGUGUUGACGUAUCAUUAACAUCUGUUAAAUAUGAAGAUGUUCAUUGCUCAUCAGACACACAUUUAUCAGCAGUGGAGACUCCAAAUGAAUGCCAAAACAGUGCAAAAUUGAAUAGUGCCGCUACAUCUGAAGAAAUAGCACCAAUCAAUGAUUUAGCAGAAACAACAGCCCCAAGAGAAGAAACGCAACUGGAAGUAUGUCCUGCUGAUAUAUUGUCUUCAUCUCAAAGUGAUAGUGAAAUGUUAAGUAUCAAAAAUGUUUCUUCCUGUAAUUCCCUCGCCCAUUACCCUCUAUCACCAGAAUGUGAUAAUCCUACUGCAAAAGAAGAAUGCAUUGUUGCAAGAGGAAUGGCUGCCCUUCAACUUCCAGAAGCAGAAAGUAAUAGCCGUCCAUCCGUUGCUUCUGAAUAUGAGAAUGCAUGUGAUGUAGAACAGGGAGAGUGGCCACCAUGCCCAACAGACACAAGUGUUACUGAGUUACAAAGUGAUGAAUGUCAGGCAAACAUUUGUAACGCACUGGAUUUGUCGAUGGAAAGGCAAAAAGAAACAGAAAUCCUUGCACGGCUACAACCUAUGAUGUCUUACCACCGAGGGCCACUGGGAAGUGUGCCAACCUUGCUUCUCAGUAGUCCUGAUCUUCAGGAAUCUGUCACUGCUCGGACUAGCUCUUCACCAUCAAUACCAGUGCAAUUCUUUCCUUGCCAAGUGAUAAAGACUUUUACUCCAAUCCAAAUGUCUCUAGCCACUCCACAGGACUUUCUCAACAGACAAGUAGCACAUCCGUUGCUUGAUGGUCCUCCACAUCCGCUUAUUUCAGUUGCCCAGAGUGCAUCAAAGCAACAAGGGGAAAGGGCACAUCAUGAAGCCUUCACCUCCGUUGUGAAUCGAUGCAACACAUACAAAAAACCCCAACCUCCUCCACAAACCGCAAAGCCAAAAGUUGUAGCUCAACAAUACAACGUUCCCAAAGCCCAUUCAGAUAACAACUUUUAUUCACAUCAUGCUACCACACCACAAUUGCCUAAGUCUGUGACUUUUUGAAAUACAUU